GUUUGCUUGAAAAAUCGUAACUUUUUUUUGUUGUAAUGAAGGAAGCAGCACGGGCAGUAGACCAACUCGAAAUCGCGCAUUGCCAACACAAAACGUAUCAGCCCGUGUAAUAACAGAAGAAACCCCGAGCCGCAACAACAACCCCCGAAAAGCGGUAUUUGUAAGAGUUUUCCCAAAGUGGCAGCGGCAAUUACACGGCGAGAAACGAGUUCGCGUCGCGUCCAGCUGUUCGAAAAUCAAAAUUAACCGUUUUUAGCGCGUGAAACUCGACGUUUAGAACCGUGAUCAAAAUCCCUCCUACAUAAAUUGUGUCUGUAUAUAUAUACACACAUAUAUAUAUAUUUUCUACGCCACGUAAACCAGACUUUUUAGUUUUAAAUUAAAACUAAAGACUUAUUAUUUUUUUUUUGAGUGUUAUUUUUUUUUUUUUUGCAAGUUUUGUUUGGUUGAAUUUGAGUUUGUGUUGAGUUUUUGCCAGUCGAAGGCGCCUAAGAUGUUUAGUCCCGAGUACGAGAAGCGCAUCCUGAAGCACUACAGUCCUGUGGCCCGGAAUCUGUUCGACAACUACGAGUUGUCCACCACGCCCACAUCUCUCGACCGCUUCAUACCCUGCAGAGCGUACAACAACUGGCAGACGAACUUCGCGUCGAUCAACAAGUCCAAUGACAACUCGCCGCAGACGAGCAAGAAGCAGCGGGACUGCGGGGAAACGGCACGCGAUAGUCUCGCCUACUCCUGCCUCCUGAAGAACGAGCUCCUCGGAUCGGCGAUCGACGACGUGAAGACCGCCGGCGAGGAGCGGAAUGAGAAUGCCUACACGCCGGCCGCGAAGCGGAGUCUCUUCAAGUACCAGUCACCCACCAAGCAGGACUACAAUGGCGAGUGUCCGUACUCGUUGUCACCCGUCAGCGCCAAAAGCCAGAAGCUGUUGCGAUCGCCGCGCAAGGCCACGCGCAAGAUCUCUCGCAUUCCCUUCAAGGUGCUGGACGCGCCCGAGUUGCAGGACGACUUCUAUCUGAACCUGGUCGACUGGUCGUCGCAGAACGUGCUGGCGGUGGGCCUGGGCAGCUGUGUCUAUCUGUGGAGCGCGUGCACCAGUCAGGUUACCCGCCUGUGUGAUCUCAGUCCGGAUGCGAAUACGGUGACCUCGGUGUCGUGGAACGAGCGUGGCAACACCGUGGCCGUGGGCACACAUCACGGCUACGUGACCGUCUGGGAUGUGGCGGCCAACAAGCAGAUCAACAAACUGAACGGCCAUUCGGCGCGUGUGGGCGCCUUGGCCUGGAACAGUGACAUCCUGUCGAGCGGGUCGCGAGACCGUUGGAUCAUACAGCGGGACACGAGAACGCCGCAGCUGCAAUCGGAGCGCCGAUUGGCCGGACAUCGGCAGGAGGUUUGCGGACUGAAAUGGUCGCCGGAUAAUCAAUACUUGGCCAGCGGCGGCAACGAUAAUCGGCUGUAUGUGUGGAACCAGCAUUCCGUGAAUCCCGUGCAAUCAUACACGGAGCAUAUGGCGGCUGUGAAGGCGAUCGCGUGGUCGCCGCAUCACCACGGACUCCUGGCCAGCGGCGGCGGAACGGCGGAUCGGUGUAUCCGAUUCUGGAACACGCUGACGGGCCAGCCCAUGCAGUGCGUGGACACGGGCUCGCAAGUGUGCAAUCUGGCCUGGUCCAAGCACUCCUCGGAGCUGGUCUCCACGCACGGCUACUCGCAGAACCAGAUCCUCGUGUGGAAGUAUCCCUCCCUGACGCAAGUGGCCAAGCUGACGGGCCAUUCGUACCGCGUGCUCUACCUGGCGCUGAGUCCCGAUGGCGAGGCUAUUGUUACGGGCGCCGGCGACGAGACGCUGCGGUUUUGGAACGUAUUCAGCAAGGCGCGCAGUCAGAAGGAGAACAAGUCCGUGCUGAAUCUGUUUGCCAAUAUCAGAUAAGGACAAUAACCCAAGCGAGCGAAGACUGAGCGAGCGCCAAAGGCAAACACAACACAAAACAAAGCAAAGUAAAUAAAAUGGAUACUUGAAACCGAAAAACAAAGCCAACCAACCAAUCAGCAAACCUAGCUGAAACUAACAAACUAAUCGAGCCCAUAUGCUAUAUAUGCUAUAUAUAUACAAACGAUUCUUGUUCAGCAGUCGUUUGUAAAUUGUUGUGACCCCACAGCAGCAAUAGAGUAAAUAAAUUUAAGUUAAGCAAUCUGUAUAGAACGGUAAUUAGCAACAUUUACGUAGGUAAUAACAUGCAAUUUAUGAAGGAAUAAUAACAUCAAGAGAGAUGGCUGAAACAAGAACUGAAAAUGAAACUAAGUCUAUGGAAAUUGUAAGUAAUUGGCAAAUCAACAAGACCACACUCACACACUAUCUUUAAUCGACAUUUUUUGUUGCUGCUUUUUUAAAUGUAUUUUUUUGUGGUACAUCUACACUACACCUAAGAGAAUUGGAUACCUACAUAUACAUUUAAACGUUUAUACAUAUAUUUUUUUUUGCUAGCCUCUAAGUAACUAACUUUAUUUCAAGCAAACAUUUAUACACAUAUUUCACUCACCAGAAAAACUCAUACACCCGAACACACAAUGUAUAUUAAAUAAACUUAUACAAUUCAAAAUGUGCCCCAAAAA